CUCUCCUUUCUCUCUUGCGAAUCAGACUUCGUUCCGAUCGCGAGUGUCUCUCAGCCGCAAAGUGUGCGUGCGCUGCACUUGUGAGUGUGCUCCGUGUGCGCGUGAGGUCGAAUCGUUCGCCGAAUCGCAAACUAGUCUGUCUGCCUAACAUCUUGGAGAAAUCGCCGUCGUACCGCACGGCCAAUUUUUAAGUAACUCGAGUCGUUCAGCUGCCAAAACAACGAGGCUUGUCGAAAUCGAUUUCGCUCGACACGUACUUUCGCGAUCAUCGAGGAAGAGGGAGAAAGAGAACGAGAGAGGAUCAGCGACGAGGGAACAUCCGACUCGUAUCUCCUCAAAACAAGAUAGAGCUGCAGGCUGACGAGAUACUAGAGAAAUAUUGACGGAGAAGCAGGCUUGGCAGACUCGUUACCGUCCUAGGAUAAAAGAGUCGUGGAUUUUAAUACGAGACACAGAAGCCGAAGGUGCGAACGGGGGAGCGCAGUCUGCGCUCUCGCGAUAAUUCGCAAAAAUUCGCGAGCCGCAGGAGGGCGAGGGGAAUGCGCGACGGAGAUAUGGAAACUACGUGAAGCGUGGAGUGUCGCCGCGUCGUGAUAAGAAUCGCGAAUCACCGAAUCGAGAUCGACGCAGAAACAGCCGAGUAGUAGCAUCGAGCGCGAACGAUUGGAGCGUUUGCUGAAGUGUUUUCGCGGUUUCCCAGGGCACCAUCGCGAGGCGAAGGGUCGCGCGAGAAGCGCGCUCUCGAUGCGCGUCCCUGCGACGCGAUUAUUCGCAAUCGUGUGACGGAUUCACGAACGAGCGUCGGGCAGACUUUGCGAAAGCGUCCCGUCGGCAGCUGCGGCGCCAUCGGCUCGGCACACGAAGGAAACGCCCGAGAUUCUUGGACACGAUUCCGCUUAAGCAGUCCACUAUAUAUAUUACGCGAAGUUAGGGGAAACCCAGAGACGGGAAACAUGGCGAAUACCAGUCGAGUUUCGCCGAUACGGAUCGAGAAACUAACGUUACAACGCGUUUCGAUCCCGGAUUAUUCAUCGGUGAGCUCCUUGGAGGAGGACUACGGGUCAACCGAGUCCGAGGAUAUGUCCACCAGCCCGGACACAUCUUACCGUUCGAGCGCGGACGCUGACAAGAGCUACGACCCCGAGGAGGACUUUCGCAAGGAGCUAGUCAAAUUCGACGAUAUUAUCGAGAAAAUCGAGAACCUGCGGUUCGCGCGCAAUAUCGACCAUGAGGACGACAAUGACGAGAACGAGGAGGAUGAGGACGCCAAUGAGAACAUCAACAAGACGUCGCGUCGCACCGCUCACAAGAACGUGGACAAUGUAGAAUAUCGGGACACCUGCGAAUUGCGAACAAAUCGCCAUGUCGACAACGAAGACAUCAACAAUAACGAAGAUCACGUGACAGUCGAGAAGAACUGUUACGAGAAGCCUCGCGACAAAGAGCAACGUCGUCCGCAGGAGGACCAAGACUCCGACGUGGAUGAGGACGAGGAGUCUGAGCAGGAGCGACAGCAGAAGCACGAGGAUGACUCCGAUGAUUCCGAUCUGGUCGAGCGUGGUCCGAUCAAGCCAGACUUCCAGUCCCUCCGAGAACAUCCUUACUCCAUGGUGAGCUGGUUGUCGCGCGCGUCCAAUGAGAACGUGGACACCGUUCACGCAGUGGAUUACGAUAAGACCGCCGAGCUGAUCCUGAGAAACAAGGACUACAGCGAGAAAAUGAAUUCCUGCCUGGACCAGCUGUCGAACUCAAGCCGAAAUCAGCUGUCGAUCGGGGCGAUAGUCGGCGGUCUGACUAUGGACUCCGGUUGGACUGGAGAGAACGCCAACGACAGUAUGUUCCGCGAACCCGGCAGCGACACCGCACCACUUCCCUCCAUAGUCGUCAAUGACCCAGGCGAGGAGUCCUUGAUGGACAUCCUGUCGCGCGGCGGUUUUCAAGCCGCGGUGCUCUCGGACGCCGGUAGUCACUCAAUUCCGUCGCCGGGAGCGAAAACUUGGUCGGAUUCGCCAGCGAGCAGCUACAACUACGUCGUCUCGAGGUCGAACAGUCGCGCGUCGAGUCGCGCGCAAUCACCUGGCUCUGGCGCGAACCUGGAGUCACCGCAGAUGCACGUCAAUGUGAUCGACAGUCCGCUCGGUUCACCGCAGGUUGCGUCGACUUAUCGAGUACCGCAGGCGUUGUCUUCCUCGUCCUCAUCCAAUCAGUCCUAUGGCGACGCGUCCAGCCCGUCCAACUACCAGACACCCUUGAACUAUCAGAUCGAGGAACACCUCGGCGACCGCUUCGACGUUCUGUCCGGGUGGAAGGAGACUUACGACUCCUCGGGAACGAUCGUCAACAGUAGCGACACCAUCGACUGCGCGUUACUUCAGCUGGUGGAGCAGGUAAUUGAGGAGGACAAGCAACGGAAGACGCUAAAGGAGCCGCAGAUCGCCUCGAGCGCGCCUUAUUUUCCAUCAACAUACAGCAAUCAAUGCAUACCUGCACGUACCUUACAAAGCAAUUCCGCGGAGUGUACCUCGAGCAACCUCGCGCUAAGCAACAAGCCGGAGAAUUGCGGCCUGAGCAUGCCCAACACGAACCCCAUGGUCCGCAGCUUGAUGGACGGCAGUCUCGUGUCUGUCUACACGACGAAAGAAGGUACCGGUGGUUGCACCUUCGUGAAUCGCGCGGUUAACGGUCACACGACCAUCCAGGAGCAAAGGUAUUAUGAGCCCGGCGUGAAGAGCGCCCAGGUCGACGUGUCGCAGCACAAUACCUUGUGCAACAUCGGCGGCUUAAUCGGGCCCGAGAGGUCCGUGAGGAACCCUGAGAAUCAGAACUUGGAGAGAAGAUACAACCAGCCGUCGGCGAUGUACGUGCCUAACGAUUACCAGAUACCGACGAUGGUUUCUUCGUUCGUGCCUCCGAACCGCCCACAAAGAAAGUCUAAUCGAGGCAUAAUGCCAUGGCCUUCGCUAAAUUUACCAUCCGUGAGAGCGAGCGAGAGGCUGAAGGAAGGAUUACAUCCUAAGGAAGUGGAAAGAGCCAUGAGUAAUCUCUUGAAGAAGUCCAUAGAGGAACUGGCAUCCGUGGACGAGGAUGGCGAUACGGCACUGAUGCGUCUGGUGGGCAAUCCGGACGAGCUAGCGAAGAAGAAGGCCUAUCUGGCGCCGUUGGUCGAAAGAUUGGGCAACAUGCCGGGCGCGCUGUCAAUGGUGAACAAUCGCGGCGAGGACGCUCUAUACUUGGCCGCGAUAAAUUGUCCGGAAAUGUCGUACGUCACCGGAUACCUGGCCGCAGCAAUGGUGCAGAAGCGGAUCGAUAUCACCCAGAGAUUGUAUCACAUACGCGGCGACACGCUGAUACACUCGAUUGCGGCACGUGGCGACUCUCACGGGGAGGUCUUGGCGGAGCUGUUGGCAUUGAGGACAUUAGAAGGGAGUCCCGUGUUUGAUCUGUCCAGGUGCAAUUACGACGGUAGGACCGCGCUUCACGUGGCGGUCGAAACGCACGAUCCUAUCGGACGAGAUGUCAAAUGCUUGGCCACGACGCGACUGCUUCUGGAGAACGGCGCGAGCGCCAGGGUCAAGGAGAACAGGUGUGGCGACACCGCCUUACACAUGGCAGCCUCGUUGAGCUGUGAUCCCGCGCUCGUCAAGGUGUUGCUGUGCCAAGCCACUCCGGACAUCGUGAACGAGACCAACUACAUGUACAACACGCCGCUGCACAUGGCCGCGGCGGUUUCGAAUACCGUGAGCUUGGAGAGACAGAAGGAGGUCUGCUUGCUCUUAAUACAAGCCGGAGGUCACACGAACAUACAGAACCGGCAGGGUAAAACGCCCUUGGCUCUUGUCUCAGCCGACAGGAAGGAAGUCAUCAAAAAGGUGUUCUACAAGAAAUCAUGAUAACGACGAGAAGAGCGCAGGAACGAGCUCGGCGACGACUGUCGCGUCGCGGGUUGUCGCAUGUAAGACUGAUCUCCACGAAAGUAGUUUAUGUAACUUUAGUAAUACCGGAAAAAGUGCAAUUAGCGAGAGUAUUCGGGAGCACACCACGUGAAUUGGACUCCUCGUCGCUUCGUCUCGCGAACGUAUGUACGGGGCAUGUAUGUUCAUCAGAAGCGAACUUCCGAGACUGCGAGAGAGCAAGCACCGAUACGAUACAAUUGUUAAUCGCGCGAAAAUAUAGGGGAAAUUGUUAUUGUAACAACAUAUGUAGCUGUAUAUCGCUCAAGUUGUGAACCAGCAAGGAAAAUCGCGCGCUUCUUAGGCCAGGAGUACAUAGGAAAACUCAAGCAGUAAAAUUUAAGCAGUAAACAAAUUAACUAAUCGCAACCGGUUAUUCUAUUCACGGUCUAUGAAUAAACGAUUACGAUUGGUCAAUUUCCUUACUGCUUUAUGAUUUUCUGUGUGCUCUAGGACUUCAGAUCUAUAUUAACUUAACAUGUUCGCUAACAACAUCAUAUGUAUGUAACGCAAUGAUCUCUCAUUAGAGACAAAUGUUACAUAUGUGUGACUAGUAUCUUCAGAAGAUAGAGUCUGACCAUUCUUCGAAUCUUUUUCCAUUGAUUUAGUUUGCAGGUCUCAAAAUAGCAGAAUCACAGUAGUCUAUCAUAUUGUGAGAGGUUACAAACUAACUCACUCACAGACUUCACUCCAUGGAAAAAGAUAUAAUUUUUAACAUUUUUAUUUUACGUUUAACAAAUUUUUAUUGAUUAUAUAUUAACCUUUAUCAUGGCGUUCGUGAUAAUAAGUGAUAAAAACUUCAAACAUCAAAUUUACAUUUAUUUUACAAAUUAACAUUUAUUUUAAUGAUGAUACAAAAUGAUGAAAAAAGUAACUUGGAGCAUGUUUUAUUUGAUAUUCGCAAUAUACUUUGCUGACAGCAGUUAUCAUCACCAUAUAAAUAUAAAAACGUCAUUUUGAGGGGCAACACUGGCCAGACUCUAUCUUUUAUGUAUGGGUGCGAUACAUUAGACGCUGCAAAAACUUUGAAGCCUUUAAAGAAAAACUAUAAUUGGUCCACAUGGCGUUUUAAAACAUUUGUAGUUCUUAAUAAAUCGCACUCUAUGUGUGAUAACAAAAUAUUCUUUAUAGCCAGGUUAUCAAAUCAAAUCUAUUUUAUACAAUUAUAUAAAAAAAAGAAGGAAAGUGCGAGAAGAGAGAUCUGUGGGAAAAGUCAUCUAAAUAAGCCGUGGUAGCGAAUGUGUUAAUAACAAUUAAUAUUGUUGUCGUCACUCAAAACAAAGUCUUAUAUAAGAUGCUCGAAUUUGAAUUUAAAGUUGGAUGUGAGUCUUUUCCAAUUGUAUCGCAAUUACAAGUAUAAUGUCAUGAGACAGUUUCGUAUUUGUAACGUCCGUUUAAUGUGAGACACGACCAUAUAGCCCUAAGGACUAACAAUCGACGCUUUUUUACGAAAGAAGAGAAAAAUAUCGUGCAUAUUAAAUAACAUAACGUUUCCUCUACUCCAGGAUGAAGUUUUGUUGUUCCAAUUUCGAUUUAGCGAGAUGUUCGAAAUUGAACAACAUAUUUUUUCGCCACGCUCGGCACUAAAUAUAUGACGUUUCGAGGUUUCAUGGCAUCGAUAUAUUGUUAUGUGUUUUGAAUGUUGUAUAAUUAAGUCACGGUAAAUACUGUUGUUAUUUCUAAUCUGUCACAUAAUGUAACAAUUGCUACCUGCGUACUUUAAUUUUUGAACCUUCCGUGGCCAAGUAGGAUAUAGUUUCUAAUAAUACCCCAAGCGCGCCGUGAGAGUGCUUUUUUAAAUGUAGGAUUGGUCGUACUCGAUAUCCCCACUCGGUGAGGUAUUUUUUUUUUAUAAGUUUAAUAACAUGGAUUGGAAUAUUACAGCUUAACUCCGUUAGAUGUAAUGCAAAGUUGUUUAUUUAACGCAAACGCGCACGGAAGGUUCGAUUCGUAACACUUAGCAAGACGGGGCAGUUUUUUUCUAACAUAUCUAGCACUACUCUGGCAAUGUCUUUCUCUGAUUAACGUGUACAUAUACUUUCAGUUAAUACUUUUUAUAAGGUGAUAAUGUUCAAACGUAUAUUAAUUUUAGUGCAUCGGACGGUCAUAUAUGUAUAACGCGAAUCGCGUAUCAAAACGACCUAUUCCGCGAAACGAUUGCGGGUCUCCCUAACUACUCGCUCGGCAAAAUUCAAUAAUGAAGGAGGAAUUAACCGAUUACAAAAUAUGUCAAAGAUCAAGAUUAUUGCAGAUGGGCCUCCUUUCCGGCGGUUUUAUCGAAAUUAAGAUGUCUGUUAAAAGGUUUGUGCCGCUGCUUCUUUUUUCUUUUUUUCUGUUUUCUUUUCGCGUUGUUCGCAUUAUUCGCGAUUUACUUGGAAACGGAGAACGAAGAAGCGGAAUGCUAAGUGGACGAUUGCAAGAUCGUUUCGCGGAACGUGAACCGGUUAUAAAUAUUGUUACGGCACGAGGGAAUAAAUUGCCAGGCGCCAAGCCUUGCGCCAAGUGUAGACACGUAUACCUGGCUGUUCCGCGAACUGAAAGGCUAGUGCCAUAAGUCACCUACACGAGGUGCACGAUAAUAAUAUGAACAAUGGAUAUGGAAAGCUCGCUCGUGUGUCGCGGAGAACGAAGCGUGCGUGCGUGAGUGAGCAAGUUUGCGUCGAGCGUACGUUGAGCACGCUGGGAGUGUGCCGCAUUAACAUAUAUGUAAAUCGCAAAAUACAUUUUUAUACACGA